AUGAAAUUCAAAUCACCAGUUGUUUAUUGCAACAACCAAAACUGCCAAAAAGGUGAAAUCUUUCAUCUGGAAUGUAUGGACUUGGCUGAAGAUGAGGUGACUGAAGAGUGGUACUGCAGCACAGAAUCCAUUAGAGAAAAUGAUGGACCAUUAAUCAUGUCACAGCGGAAAUAUGAUUUGAUCGGUUUUCAUAAUAGACACCAUUAUAAAUAUGUUAUAAAUGCCCACAGAUUAAUAGCAUCAAUUAGUGGAUGGCACCCGGAAAGGUUGCGGCAAGAUUUAAUAUGGAACCGGGCUGUAAAUCUUAGCGGAGGACCAGGUAGAAAUCCCGAAGCAGACUUGGUUAAUGAACUUCUUAAUAAAGAAUUUAAAGAAUCUCUCAAAGAUGCUGUAGGAAACCUCACACCAGAAACAGUAGCACGACAUAGCCAGUUGGUCGGUCAUAUGCGGAAGGAACUAAACAGGAUUUACAUGGAACAAAUGGCAGAAGCAAAAAUUCAGAAACAGACCAAACAUUAUAAAUCAAAAUUUGAUGAGGACAUAAACAAAUUUGUAGAAAUUUUAAAAGAUGAAAAUUUAUUUUCAUCAAUUCCAGGACGACAGUUCAAGUCUUUUAAAAAUUUCUCUUAUUCACCCAGUUCAGUGAAACCUAGUGCUCUGAAUAAAAAACUGUAUCAACUGUCAGCAACGUCUUGAUGACUUAA